AUGGCACCAAGCAGCGUGGCGGUGGGCAGGGAAGGGACGCCGAGCAAGCGAUGUGACGGCACCGUGAAAAGCCCUGGGUGCACUUCAAGGCACAUCAAAUGUUUCAUCAUUGUCUGCCUUUGCCUGGGACUCAUCUUCCUGUCGAGAUUCUUCCGUAUGAAGAAUAAAAAUUACAUAAUCUCGAAGAGCCACAAGGAGCUGCUGAUACCUUACAAGCCUUGCCAUGUCAAGACUAAUGUCAUGUUCCUCAAGACCCACAAGACAGCCAGCAGCACCGUCCUGAACAUCAUGUUCAGGUUUGCGGAGAGGUACAACCUCACCGUCGCCCUCCCAGCUGACCAGCUCGUCCACCUGGGCUACCCAAAGACCUUCCUGGCCCACUUUGUGGAGGAAUUUGAAGCCAUAGGACAAAACUACAACAUCAUGUGUAACCACCUGCGGUUUAACCCCUCAGAGGUGAAAAAGGUGAUGGCAGCAAACACCUUCUACUUCUCCAUCCUGAGGAACCCCAUUCGUCUGCUGGAGUCUUCCUAUGUCUACUACAAGGACACUGUCCCUGCCUUCAGGAUCUCCAAGGAUGUGAACGAGUUCCUGGCGUCACCCAUGAAGUAUUACCAUCUGGCAGAUUACAAGAAAAACAUGUAUGCCAGGAAUAUCAUGUGGUUUGACUUUGGCUAUGAUAACAAUGCAGAGGACAACAAAAAGUACAUCCAGGCAGUCUUGAAGGAGAUUGAACAGAACUUCCAUCUGAUCUUGAUAUCAGACUACUUUGAUGAGUCCAUGAUCUUCUUGAAGCACACUUUGUGCUGGGAUCUGGAUGACGUGAUUUACUUUAAGCUCAAUUCCAGAAGCCAGGACACUGUCCAGACCUUGACUCCAAAAAGCGAGGAGCGGAUAAAAGUGUGGUGCUCACUGGACUGGAAGCUCUACCUGCACUUCAACCAGAGCUUCUGGAGGAGAAUUGAGGAGACCAUAGGACUCAAGGAGCUGGAGAAGGAGGUAAAUCGCCUGCGAACAAGACAGAAGGAGCUCAUGGACACCUGUCUCUCGGACCAGGAGGCAGUGGGGAAGGAUGACAUCAAGAACAAAGCUUUCCUGCCUUUCCAGUCAGGGGAUGCAAAUAUCCUUGGGUACAACCUCAAACAAGACUUAGACAACAUGACUCUGAGAACCUGCCAGAAAAUGGUUAUGCCAGAGCUCCAGUACACAUCCUAUCUUUACACUGUUCAACACCCGCACAAGAAGAGGAAGAUCUUGCCCUUGCCGUUGACCAAAUUCCAGGAGAAGACGCAGCUCCCAACUCCCAACUAG